UCAAUUCUGCAAGUGGUUCUGAUUUACUAUCGCUGUUCUCUAGCUGAUCUAAACUGCUUUUUGACCUAUUUUUGGACGCCAUGGACAUUUCUCAGUUUCCAGGCAAAAGAACAGACAAAAUGCAGGCAGGGCGCAGGACAAAGCACUGGGACAAUAUGAAAUGUGUAAAAUGAAAAAAAAAAAAAAAAAAAUGACAUUUUUUAAAAUUUUUAAAUUUCCCCGACGGCGGCGGCGGCCCCCGUACUCCCGACGUCACAGGGACAGGACACAGAAGCCGGAUGCCGGCAUCGGCCGGAGGAGAUGGCCGGGGACGCUGCAGGGGACACAU